UCCAAGACAGGUAGACGGUAUCACCGAUCGAAGUUCCUCUGAGAUCUUAAAGGGUCCCGUCCGACUUGAUUAUCCUGUUCGAGUAAGAGUUGGACAGACUAUUUUAAACGCUACUCGCUACUCGUCCAGUGUUGAUCUUCUCGAAGGUUGUGAAUCGUACUGAUGAUCAACCGACGAUCUACCAAGCUGCCCAACUUGCUUUGCGUUGAUCUUCGUCGUGUGCCGAAAAUACCGAACAGCCGCGAUCCUACUACUCUUAGGUAGUCUCGUGUUCUCUCCAGAUCAGCGGGCAGUCGAUCGUACAGUGCACAGCGUAUGUGAAGAGGAUAUGAGCUAUGACUGUGUCGAUAUGGCUGGAGAAAGUCGAGAUGGGUGGAUGUUGAUUCCUCUUUCUCGAUUUUGAUGACAGAUGCCUCGAUAUCCCUCUCACCGUGAGACGGGGAGACGGGGCGAUUUGUUAUUGUUUGCUACUAAGGCGCGGGGGCAAGGGGCAAGGCAGCUAGCUGCUAGCAGGCAGCGGGGUAGCCGGCGGGCACGAUCGGAUCGAGGAUAUAUUUCAAUUGCAGCACCACCUAGAUGUAUUAAAGGACUUCCCCUCGCUAUCCUAACAUAUCCUCGUCCUUCGAGGUUGUAUGUGUUGAUUGCAUUGAUUGCAAACAACGACGUCAAACAGCCAGGUAACAGAUUGCAGAUAGGUCGCUCUUUCACGCGGGCACCAAAUUCUCUCUCCGCCGGCCGCCAUCUCCUCCCCCCCCAAAACGCCCUCGAGGAAAGAAACCGGUCCCGAGUCUCGGCCAACGGCCUCAGAGUCGGGAUCACCACCUCCGUCAUACAGUACACGGUACUAUAUCCCUUCCCAUACAUAGCACGCUCAACACAGACUAUCUGGCCAUUCGCUGUCUCGAAGAUGUGUCGUAUGUGGUCGACGACGUACAUCUUGUCAGCGGGUUGUGAGUCGCUCGGUGACGCGCGCUUAUGGCCAGAUCGGGUAGUCUCGAAGCUCGAUGCAGAACUGCUGGGAUCUAGUGCGAGUAGCAAGUCGGACAAAAACGAUUGAAUACGGCAUGCGGCCGUUGAGACUUAGGAAGAGCUUCUUCACUACCGUGUGCUAGCCGAUGCAUGGGUACAUCUGUGCGAACAGCGAGCGCACUCGAUG